UUGGUCGCGUCGCGUUCCAAGUGGGGGCUUAGAUCCAGAUGGGUUGAAAGUUCGUUCGGUUGGGCGCGUGUGCUUGGUCCGUUGAUUACUUCUGGUUGUUUCUUCGGUGGAAGUCGUUAUCGUUACACGAUGCAAGUUGGAUCGCGUGUGAAAGCUGUGCUGUACGGUCGUCGUCAUCGUCGUUAACGGGACUACUUAGACAAGGGAAGCAUCCUAAUCACCAACGUUGCUGUUGCUGCAAUUCCGGCGAGCGUCCUUUGUGAAGGCAAGACAAUAUAGUGACGGAGGCGACGACGGUCACCAUCCGGCGUGAGUUAUUUGAUGUGGAUCUGUUCGAUUGGACUCUGACUUCUGAGUGUGGUGCUACUAACAUAUAUUUCACACGUCAUUCAAACCGCGAAAAGAUUCGAUUCGGGAAGGUCAGUGCGAGAAGUGAAAUUGUUUGGUCGAAAUCGGGGUUUCCUUUCCGUCUGUGUGUCGUCAGGACUUUCUCCGCGGGAAAAUAAGAAUGUAAGUCCUAGGACUACAACAGCCGAUGCAUGAUUGAUGGUUGUUACGAAGGAAAGGCCGACCGACCGAGAAACGCGAUCCAAUGCCAUGUGGUUGUGAUGGAAAGAUGGGAAACGGAAACUGAUGACUUCGAAUGGUUUGCGGUCAUCGAUUGUAAUUCUUCAAACAUGAUGUGAUGAUCCUUUGGAUAAAGAGUUACAGUGGAAGUAGUUUUGAAUGGAAACAGCACAGUUGUGGCGGUGAUUAAACACGUAUUCAGUAUGGGUUGCAACACAAGCCAGGAGAUUCCAAGUUACAAUCCGAACGCAGCUGAUGGAACUGUCCAGAAGGAUGAGCUUGCGGAAUUACUGGAAGGCGAUAUCGAAGAAGUCGAGGCGGCAGCCACCAAGAUCCAAGCAGCGUUUCGGGGACACCAGGUGCGAGCAAAGACCAAAAUGAAGCAAGGGGACGUCACCGGAAGUGAAUCGCAGAAAAACGCCGCCACGGAGGAAACCCAACGGGAACCGACAAAGGAAGAGCUGGAGGCCGACUUUGACCCCAACGACGAAGAACUAACCCAUGCCGCCACCAGAAUUCAGGCGUGCUUCAGAGGGCACAUGUCACGGAAAGAAGUCACCGGAGGCAAAAAGGAUGAGGAAGACGACAAAAAGGACGUCAACAUCGAUGAAAUAACCAGAAAGGUUGCUGAGGAGCUCGACAUUGAUAUGGAUGAUCCAGAGCUGCAUAAGGCUGCCAGCAAAAUACAGGCCUCGUUCCGUGGUCACAAGGUCCGCAGGGAUGUGCCUGCCUCGACAUCGGACAGCAAGUAGAAUGGGAAAUUGCAUUCGAAGCAAUUGAAUAAUUAAAUAAAAUAAAAUAAUAUAAAAAAUAUCGUAGAUUGCAUUCACAAAUUUAAAUACAGAAAUAACAAACCAAAUAACUUGGACCGCAUUCACCACACAUUGAUCGAGAGGAUGUUAAAAGAAACUAAAUGUCGAUUAUAAAGUAUAUGACAACUACUUGUUAUCAUUUUAUAACUUUUAUCGAAGCGAUACAGAAGACAUCAACAGAUAUAGUGCAAUUCGAUUUGGCAAGUUUUGAAACUAACGAGAAAUGACUUAAUAAAAUUAAACGAUUGCGAAUACAUUACGUACCACUUUCGAUAGAGCAUCAAUAAAACUUUCAAAUUUUAAAACAACUGCUGCUAAGUCCAUUAUCGUCAGAGUUCCUCCUCAAACUUAUGAAACAGCAUUCAAUAAAACAGAUCGAUCCAUUCCCUACAAUGCCGAUAGAUCCCUCUAAAUGACAAGAUUGAAACUAAUCAAACUAUUUCAAGAAUAUCGUAUUACGCACCCCAUCUAACAGCCAGCGUAGCGGAAUACACAAAACCAUGAUAUACCACAAUCCAAAAGGCAGUGUUAGUAUUAAACUAAACAAAAACAAGCAAAGUUUGUUUCCGCGGCAUAUGUCGGGAGAAACUGAAUGCAUAACACUAAAAAACAAUAAAUGAAAAAAUAACAUCAGUUAGAGAAGAAAUAAAUGAGAAUCAUACAAUUGCAGUGAGCUUUAAAUCCCGAUUAAAUUAGUGAAAACUGUCA